AUGCGGCUUCUGGUCGCAUAUGUGCUGUUAUUCCUGGUCCUUGGCCAACUCUGUCUUGCUGCACCAGUUGUCGCCACUCCCGCCUUCCUUAACAUCAUCCGUCGCGCCGAAUCUGUUAUUGUCAAUCGCCCUGCUACCGUACAGAAUGUCCCUGUUGCACAGCUUCACGUACCAUAUGCGUUCCAAUUGGAUCCAAAGACGUUUCUGGUGGUCAACUCGGAUUCAGGGGUUAUUUCGAAAACUCAAACCAAAGUCGCUUGGGAUCGCGACUCGAAUGCUCCUACUUGGCUCAGUUUUGACCCGGAUAAACUUAUUUUCAGUGGCACCCCCGACUCCGUCCCGGACCGUCCAAUUCGUCUUCGGUUGGUAGCUACGGCGCCUGAAAGUGGAGACCAAAACGACACAGCCUUUGACCUCCACAUUUCCGACUCUGCUUCUCCCAAUCUUAUCAACACUUUGGAGUCCCAACAGAAUCAUGAACUCAUUCGCCUAGAUAACGCAUCAUCCCGUGCUGCGUUCUCGGUUCAGUUUCAAGCUUUCUGUAGUGGAUCCACUAAGGAUUCCACUCUUUACUACAACGCAUAUCAUCCGUCCAAUAUUACUCUCGACCCGCUCUCACGAUGGCUCAAGUUUGACAACAACUCCCUCACGUUUUCUGGAAUCGCUCCUAUGGAACCGACUGCGACCGACGUUGUAGUUCGUUGCUCCAAUGUGUUUGGAGCAGGAGGGCCAGAGCAACGAAUGAGCUUCGAGAUUGAUAAGUAUAUUCUCGAAUUGGAGGACCCAGUUCUUCCGUUCCAGUUCACCCCUGGGCGCAUGUUCACAUAUAAUUUCCAUUGGCUCUGGCACCAACUCUAUCUCAACGGGGAGUUCUUUGCCCAGGCCUUCAACCAUAUGCGGUUCUCGAAUGACUCUCAAGACGUACCAGGUUUGGAUGUCAAGAAUAGUGACGAUAUAGGAAUUUCUUUUGCACUUGAUGAUUAUCCUUGGCUGUCUUUUGAUAGAGUCAAUCAAACCAUAUACGGCAUACCACCGAUUAUGCCGGUACUACCUGAUUUUCCCCCUAUAUCUCUUAAUAUUACGUGCCGUGGACGUGAAAUAAACACCGAUAUAUACGUUACCUCUUUGGCAUCUUCGGCCUGGAACCCAAGCCCCCGCCCAGCAUCUAUCACCAUCCGUCCUGGUGUCUCGUUCACCUACGACUUCACCUUGGAGCUCAUGGAUUCGGUUGCAUCUAAUCCCGACUGGGAUGUCUUUGUUCGCUUCGACGACCCGUUUGACCAGACUUCUUGGCUCCGAUUCGACCCUACAACGCGUGUUUUAUCUGGAACUGUCCCGAUUGACAGCCCUCCCCGAGAGAUUACAGUCCUAGCUACAAGUAAUGCUUGGGGAUUCAACACUACUACAUCAUAUUUGGUUAUUGUCGACAAUCCAACUUACGCUCCGCCCGCUCCCAGGAUCGUUUGGAAUCAAACCACGAUCGCUCUUCUGGUUUCGCUCAUUAUUGUCGUCCUUUUCGUAGUAAUGGCCGUAUGCAUUUGCUAUGGUCUACGAGAGGGUUGCCUUGUUUCUUACCCUACGCUCAUCGAAUAUUACCGUGGUUCACGCCCGUCGAGUCAAACCCUUGUUGGCGAUGACUGUGAAUGUACUAUUGGUUGUUGUAGUGCUCUCGAAUCUGGAAGCAAAUCGGGAGAUAGUCGACCUCACACUGAGAAGGCAGCCAAGGAAGAGACGCAUACGGCCUCCCACGAUGUUCGUGAACAGUGCGACUUCCGUGACCUUACUCAAAUGAAUGCUACCCAUAACCCUUUUGACUCUUCGGCAGUUCUCAGGUCCGAAAUUGUCCCAGUCGAUUGCUCUAGCCCCUCGGCCAUUUCUUCGCCGCCCAAGCCCGUCCCAGAGCACGGUCGCAAGAACCUUAUCUUCAAGAAGCGGGCGCUGUUUAGAAAAGGCAAUAGGAAGAACACAAAUAACCGGAAAUCGCCCACUGUUGUAUCCACUACAAAACCCGAGGCUGUACCAUUUACUCCUCUGUGGAAUGGUCAUAUUUAUCAGACGCCGGAGCUUCUGGCUGCAGAUGAGCGCAAUUGGCAAGUACGUCGGCAAGAACGCAAAGCCCGCCUCAAGCAGGAAUAUCUUGCGCAUAAACAAGCCGAGAAUACCGGCAUAGAGGAACGCGCGGAUACGCCGGAAGAAAAACACGACACCUCUAAUCUCGAUGUACCUCGCCGCUUUGGGAUUUUUGAGCGACUCGCCGCUAUGGAGGACCUUGACCGGAAAGGACCGGUUAACAUGCGGGGUCAAGCUUUUCCUCUUUCACGCCUUGUAGAAGUCGGCGAGAAUCGGUUCUUCGAUGAUACGAUGCUUGACCGUUCGGAGGUGGGCUCAUCAGAAUUCAGUUCGCUCGCAAGCUGGGAAACCCUCUCGGAGUCAUCGUUGCCAAACAUGGUCCUCUGUUAUGGACAACUUGGUCGCCGCAAAACGAAAGAAGAUCCAUUUCCUCAUGGUAUUCACCCGGCUGUGGAUCUAUCUCUUGCGAUCGGCAGGCAUACGCAAGAAUUUGGCGGACUUGCAAAGGAUGGUUUAACCGAUGAAAAGCAGUUCAAUCAGAUUGCUCAUGGUCCAGGCUCCCGAGAUACCUCAAAUUAUGACCUUCCUGUCUAUGACGCUCGCAACAAAAAAAUCCAGGAGCCCUUCCAGAAAAUUAGCAAUAUAGGCAACGUUAGUACUACUAUCGCAUAUUCCUCGGCCCAGUGGAAGGGGAAGGGCGUAGCUUGUGGUGAACAUGGAUCCCCUACUACCUCUCAGCACUCUCCGACCUUCAAGAAACUCGCACGCCAGCGAUUUUGUGCUUCAUUAGAUGACAAACUCGGCUCUCCAUUGUCACGUAUGGCACGCACUGUAGCAUACACCUCGCCAUCCCCCAGAUCUAUUGGCUCGAUGAUUAGUCGUUCGAACACAAACUUACCGACAAGUGUGUCUCUGGGAGAUGUAUUUCUCCAUCUCGGAUUGAAUGGGAUGCAAUUCUACUUCGUCCCCGCGAAAACCCAGUUCCGUUUCAAAGUUCAAGUUCCGGAAGCGGCGUUCAAGAAAAAGGACAAAUCAAAAUGCAGACGACCCGAGGAUGCAUUGUUAGAGGCUGAGACGGAUGGUCACUUCAACACCAGUAUGCCAGACUGGGUCGAGUUUGAUGCCUCUGCCAUGGAGUUUUGGGGCCAAACACCGGACACCAGAGAGCUGCUUCAGUAUUCGAUAAGGGUCGUGAGCCGCCCGACGAAUAAAGUAGUCUGUCAGCUGCUGAUGGUAGUUGCCCGACCACCGCUGCUUUCAGCCGCCAAAGCUUCACUAACAGAUCCCGCCGAGGUGAUGGAUACUCCAUUCCGGGGAUCACCUGGCUCGCUCUAUUCACUCAACAACCUCAGGACAUUAGAAUCACCCCUCCAGUCGUCCCGCUCUGUUGUUGCGUCUAACUUGGGGACCAAUCUUUCAGCAAGGUCUAUCUCGAGCAUAUUUCGUUUCAACCAGGACGGUGUCGAGGUAUUUGUGAUCCCAGCUGCUACCAAUUUCUGCUUUGAAGUUCUAGUCCCCAAACUUGAUGGAGAAUCGAGUUCAGGCGAGCUAGCUCUUAGACGGACCACAGCUUCAUCUUACUCGAUUCAGCUGGAAGAGUGUGAUGUUAUCUCAAUCCCUCAUUGGUUACAUUUCGUCCCAUCUACAGUGGAGUUUUGGGGCGAAGCACCAAGCGUAGAACGGCGCUUGCACAUUGUAAUACAGAUUAUUCAUAAAGAAUCUGGUCAGGUUGCGAGAUGCAUCGCAAUUGUUAUCACCAACAUGGAUGAUGCCGCUCAACUAAGAGCACAUUUUGGGUGCUCCGAUUCCGGAAACGAAGGAUUAUCUGUGGUGGAAGAGGUUUCUAGCGUUGUUUCAAACGAUAUUCAAGACGAUGUUUCUCCUGGGAUACAAACUCCUGAACGUCCUCAGAAUCCGGUGCCUUCCUCCUCCAAGUAUGUCCCAAGUAGCUGGCACGGGAUUUUCCCUGGAUCACGGCGGACUCUCGCAUACACAUCUCCUUCGCGUCGGAAUCUUGGCCUUGGAACCCCUGGAAGUAGAUCUGUUCGCCGUCUCCGGAUGAGAACCCCAAUGUCGGCCCGUCAGUCGGGUUGUGAGGAUUACGAUAGUGUCAUGUUUGAGGGUCAUUCCUAUUACUCGGAGUCUCUAUGUGGUCCGGAGCUAACUGCCCUGGUUGGGCAUACUAUUCCAAGCGGUACCUUGGAUGUAAUUUCUCGAGCUGCUAGUCGCCAAAGCUCAAUUCGCCUGAGCGCCGACGAAAGGUCCAUCUUGAUCACCCCUACAACAAUGGACGAUCCUCCCAUCGUCAAAACUACCCCCAACUCCGGAUACGACCCGAGGUAUGACGUAUUGGUAGAACCCCAGACGAAGGAUGGAUGGAAGUUUCCUGAGUGGCUUCAUGCCACUAUCGACGAGGAAUUACGUGCAGUCAAAAUAAUUGGCUCAACUCAUGACGUUGUCGGGCACGAGGAACAUACUCUGAUAAUUUACUCUAUGGGGAACCAUAAAGAAGCCAAACGGGCUCGCGUGGUUGUCGCCCUUGACGUCAAUACCUAG